AUGUCUCGACCAAAGAGGAACCCAAAUUUUACUACUGCAGAAAUUUCUAUGUUGACUGAAGAAGUGGAGAAACGGAAGGACGUGAUAUUCUCUCGACAGAAUUCAUCUGUGACCAACCAGGCAAAAAAGGGAGAAUGGGACCUAAUCUGUGAAAAAGUGAAUGCCGUAAAUACAUCCCAUUUACGUACAGCAGAUAAACUGAAAAAGAAAUGGAGUGUUCUCUGUAGUGAGACAAAGAAAAAAAUUUCCAAAUUAAAGCAGGAGCAAGUGAGGACUGGUUGCGGUCAAUUGCCUGCGGAUUGUAGCGUAACCCCUGUGGAGGACAAAAUACAGUCCAUUAUUGGAGAAACUGCAAUAUCUGGAGUAGACGGGGGCAUUGACACUCUUGAAGAGGUGUCUUAUGGUAUGGCAGGAAAAGGGGCACUAAUCAUCCCAGCGGCUGACCAGUCACUUGAAGGAUCAACGGAUACUAUAGCUACAUGUAGAUCUACAACUUCAAACAGACAGACUUCUACAGAGGGCGCAAAGAAAUGUAAGGUAGACGUUAAAACACCUUCGCUGGAUUUAAUUGAUGUUGAAAAGACUGGAAAUAGAAAAAAAGAGACUUGA